CCCUCAGCCACCGCGGGCGUGGGUGGAGGGAGGGAUUAAACGCAACGUAUUUAACCCUUUUCCUCAAAGCGGUUAUUUUUUUUCCUCGAGGCGAAGCCCCUCACCGCCGUCCCUCGGCCGCCCGCCGUGAGGAAAGGCCGGGGUUGAGGCGCGCCGGGUUGGGCGGGAAACCGGCGGGCGCCGGGCGGGCGGGGCAGGGCCGGGCCGGCCCCACACGGCGAGCCGAGCCCCGAGCCCUUCCCACCCCGGCCGGGUCCCCGAGCCAUGGGGCGGGGAGGAGAUGGCCUCCGCCUGAGGGGGCCGCGGCGGGGCGGGAAGCCGGGGGAGGUGUCCGCCGCACACGCCGAGGAGGAGCGCGGAGGAGCGGCGGCAGCAGCUGCUGUGGCUUCUCAGCUUUUCUCACUGAAAAUGCCGACACCAUUCUGCUUCUUGGGAAGGAGAGAAGAAAAUGUGUGCAGCUUUGUCAAACGUGUCUUGCUGACAUACCAGAAGCAAUUCUGUGUUCAUCUUCCUUACAAAUUAACACACAGAGAAGAGUUAUCGUAAGGAAACUUACGGAAGUCCAAGAGAAAACCAGCUGUUCUGAGAUAUGAAGCACCGUGCUCUUUGAUACUUAUUUUGCUGUCCUUACCCUCAGAGGAUGGCUGCCAUACUCUGUGAAAAUUGUUCUGGUCAGUACCACUACCCCCAGGUCAACCAACCGCUUGAAAUCAGCUGCAUGUUGCUCCUGAUUAUGCUCGGAAAAGUGUUCCUUGAUUUCUUCAUGUUGCAAGUUAAGCAAAAAAAUGUGAAAGUUAGCUUUAUGGGAUACUUUUGUGUUUCACUGGCACUUCUCGAUUUCACACUGCUGAUGAGCAUAUCUUUCAUUUUCUACUUUGAGGACUUUGCGCUCUGGGGCGUCCGAUUUACAAAGUACCACAUUUGCCUGUUCACUCAGAUAAUUUCUCUUGCCUACGGUAUUCUGCAUUACCCGGUAUAUUUUGUGGCUGGUCUGGAUUAUUACAUGACUAUAGCCCAAACUUCCGAAUUUCCUAAAAGAGGUCCAAGAUUACUCUAUGUAUUUGCUGUGGUUGUUAUAUGGAUGUCAGGUUUUUUUUGUAUUCUGAAAGUUCCCACUAUCUAUGAAGAACUAGAAAUUCAGAACCAUUUUUCUCCUUAUCAGUGUCCUCUCUAUGCCAGUGUGCAGAGCUACUCAGUCUCGUGUGCCAUGGUGCUGCUCGUAGGUGCGGCUCUCCUGGCUUGUCGGAAGGAGGUCAUCACCAUGCUGCUGUCUGUCAGGGUCGUUUCCUUUGCCAGUCAGCCUGUUCUGAUGUUCUCCUACGUGCCCAACAACAAUGGCACUUGCUUUAAGUGGCAGCUCCUGACCAGACUCCUCGUCUGCUUUCUUGGCACUUGGGCACCUUUCGUUGUUCUUCAAAUUAUCAUUUUGUUUCUCGGUGCUCGGAUUCCAGCCUACAUGGAGAUGAACGUCCCCUGGCUGUACUUCAUCAACAGCUUUCUCAUCGCAGUAGCGUACUGGUGUCGAUGUCACGACGUUGAAUUGACAGAGGAGAUGUGGUCUACAGAUCCAUUUGUCAGCUGGAAAUUCUGCUUUAUGCCAUUUAACAAUGAAAACACAGAGCUAGCUGAUAAGCCUGGCACAGUAAUUGUAAUCUGUUAAUGAGCUACUGACUGAAAAGACUGCAAAUAAGUGCUGUGCAACCAAAGCCUGUACUCUGAUGUUCUGUGGCUGUGUCCUUACAGAAAAUACAAAGAAACAUCUCCAGAGCUACGGCCUGUGGAAGAGAGUGAAACAUCCACCGAUAUUGUAACGAAUAUUGCACCAGAGCGUGGGACGCUGCAGGCUUCCAUGCAGGGUUCCGGUAGGCAGUAAGCACCUGCCACUUCAGAGAAUUUAACUUGAAAGUAUAAGUUUAAAAGACCACUACUUCCAUAAAACAAGUUUUUGUUUAAAUCUUAUGUUUAUGAUUAGAACUUUACACUUGCUUUAAGUGGAAUGAUCUCAGGAUUUAUAGUAGGAAAUGCAAUAAAGUCUUCUUCAAAGCUG